AUGGAGACAAUAGGAGGCGUCUUUUCUUCCUCAAGCAAACCGUCCACCGAUAAAGUGGCGGAGCUGAAGAUGCAGGUCGUCGGGUUGAGUUCUCCCCUCGGUCGUUUGGAGAUCUGCUGGCUAUCAAAGAACAAGUCGGUGAAGAAGAAGUGGUGGAUGGCAAUGAAGACGAAGGAGGAAGACGACGCUCUCCUCGCAAACCCUAGGGUGUCACCCUUGACUCAUUCAAUGCAGCUGUUGGCUGCCUUAUCGGGCCGAGCCAUAUGGGUCGCCGGGUUUAGGCAAUCAACGGACGUUGGCCAUUAG